AUGCGAUGGGAGGUGGCCAUCCAUCCACCACCCCUCGAUGUUCUCGUCAAAAAUACGGGGUUCGACCGCAUGUGGCUGAAGUACAUGUACGGACGGUUUAAAAAUGAAUGCCCCAGCGGCCGGAUGAAAGAAGCGGAAUUCAAGCGAAUCUUUGCGCUAAUAAUCGCCCCGGAACGCGCAUCCGAUCAAUAUUUGGGUCGUAUGUUUCGCGCCUUUUCCAAUGGCCACGAGGAGAACGCGAUGAUCACGUUUUCGAGUCUUAUCCACAGUCUCUCUUUCUCUUCCCGUGAUACCCCAGAAGCGAAUGCCGAGUGGACGAUCAGAAUCGUCACCGGAAGUCGCGACAAGACGGCCUUUAAUUUGGCGGAAUUCUCGGACUUUGCGCAGACGGUGUUCGCGCUGCAGGAGGGGCGGACGACGGUUGCUGAUGAUAGAGGAGACAAAGAGACCGUCGAACAGAGGGCAUUUACUAUAUUUAAGGAAUUAGACGCGGACGGCGACGGGCUGGUCGAUACCGUGGAGAUGGCCCGCUUUUUUCAGCGUUUGGAGGAGCGGCAGAGGACCGAGUAUCUU